AUGGACAAUUACAUCCUAGACGACUUUCACUCAGAUCAUCAUGAGCUACAACUCUCAGCAGCAGACAUCGACGCUAUUGGAUCCGAGUUCCCCUCGCCCGUCAGGGAACAUAUUCCACUUGCGGAGGAACAUCAGCUCCAUCUUGAUCCUCAGCUACAGCAAGAGGAGCAACAGCUCCAACAGCAACAGCAUGAGGAGCAACAUCAUAUGGACGAGCACGGACAAGGCGUCGAGCAAGAGCACGGGCAAGAGUACGGACACUCCGAAGUCGUCAUGCAGGAGGAUGAGGAGGGGGAGUUCUUGCCUGAUCCACAUCAAGAUCAGCAGGAGCAGGAGGACAAUAUGCAUGAGGAGGGAACGGGACAGGAGGGGGCGAGUCUGAUGGAUGGGGAGAUGAGGGAAAUGUGGAUGCCAGGUGGGGACGAGGCGGGUCCGUCUUCAAGGCGGAAAUCGUCGGGAUUGACGUCGGAGGAAAAGAAGAGGCGGAUGAAGGAUAAUAAUCGGAAGGCGGCGGAGAGGAGCAGGGCUAAGAAGAGGCAAACAUUAGAUAGCACAGAGCAGCAAGUCACAGCCCUGAGGAAAGAGAAUGAACGACUUCGCGCCCGGCUUACGGCCCUCCAAUCCAACCCCGGCGCGAUCGACAACUACCCUGAACCUACCCCUGGUCUCCUCCUUCCCCGUCCACCUGUCCCCGCUCCUAUUCUCGACCCAGAAGACAUAGGCAUCGACCGCGCAUACACGCUCAAACUCGGGUACGAGCUUCUCCAAGCCAAAUCUGCGCUGCUGGAGAAGCAGAUCGAGUUGGAGGGGAUCCGCGGUACCCCGUCGCCUGAGGAGGUCAUUCUGGUCCGUCGGCAAUUGGUAGAGAAGUAUGCGAGUAUGAGCGUCUUGCGAGCUCAGGAGGCGGCGAUGACUUCUGUCCUGGGGUUGUUGAAGGGGGAGACGACCGAGUUGGGGGUGAGAAGAGCGGCGAUUGAAGGGGAGGUCGCGAAGCGCGGAGGGCCAUUGGGUGCCGCGGCGUCAGGGAGCGGAGGCGAUGGGCAUGCGGUGGAGGUAGAAGAAGCAGGAGAGGAGGAUAGAACGCAAGAGGAGGAAGCGGCGUCUCAUACGCAGGUGUUGGCGCAGGCGGUGAGGGAUGUGGCUAUGGGCGAGGCGAGGCAUCUGGGGGCGGAGCAUGAAGGGGAAGGAACAGGAGAGAAGGAUGUGUAUGAUAUCCAGCCAUACAUCGAGCAGGCGGUCAAGGAAUGGCACGAGCACCAGGACAUUGAUCAGCUGGGAAGAAUAGAUAUCGAUGGGAACCCUAUAUGA